GAACCCUACGGGCCACGGCCCACAAUAAAUUUCAUUAUUGAAAAGCUCUUAAACCUGGAUAGCAGGCACAGGCAGCAAUCCGCCAUGGCCUCCCCCUCAAGGGCCAUCGCAUUUAAAUGUUCUCCCUCUCUGGCAUUUUCUUCGAAAACGCGGAUGGACUCGAAACCCAGAACCCUUCAAAACCCAUUUUCUAGUUCAACUUCAGGCGCUGCUCCAAGAGAAGCUCGUACAGGCGACACUGCUGAAGCCUCUAUCACAUUGCAGGAAUGGCAGGGUUGGGGCACCACGUCCCCCGUGCCCUCCUUGGUCACCAAAAUUGUUCAGGAUUUGAAGGUUUUGGAGAAAGAUAUUGAUGCCCAAAUGAGCUUUGGUGGCAGUGGUGGCAAACUUCAGGGAGAUUUUAAAGUGCAAGAGGAUAGAAAACACAGGAAGACAUAUAAGGCUUUAGGUGACUCUGAACAAAAGAUUCAGUUUUUUUCAGCUAGACAAAUAGCAUGCCGCCUGCUUGGAAGUAGAGGCUACCUUUGUCAAAAGUGCUGGCUUCCUUUGGAAGAUUGUAUGUGUUCAAGAGUGGUACAGUGCCCUCUUUGGCCUCGAAUGCGAUUCUGGUUGUAUAUGCAUCCAAAGGAUUUCUUAAGACAGAACAAUACUGGAAAGUUGUUAUGGCAAGUAUUUGGCACUGAAGCUGCAACUUUGUGCCUCUUCGGCAUCGCUGAACAGGAAGAAAUAAUGUGGGAUGCAUUUAAGCUAGCAGGAAAAAGCAAUGUUUGGUGCCUCUAUCCCAACAAAAAUGCUGUGUUAACUUCUGUUCAGGAUGUCUUUGGCCAAGAAUCUUCAGCUGAUCUGGAAGGUCCAUAUACCCAGAUAAAUGAAGACAGAACUCUGAAUUUCAUUUUGAUUGAUGGAACAUGGAACAAUUCUGUUGCGAUAUUCCGUCGUCUGAAGGAUCAAGCAAAGUUAGUAUGGGGAGGAGAGGACUUUCCUUGUAUUUCCCUGGCCACUGGUGCUUCUGCGAUGCAUAAACUUCGGCCCCAACCAUCAUUGGAUCGUACCUGUACAGCAGCAGCAGCUGUUGGCCUCCUCUCCGAGCUGCACGUUCUUCCAGAGUUCAGGUCCCAUGGAUUUGAUAAGCAGGCUGAAGUUGUAGAGGAUGCUUUAGUUGUACUAUUAGAGGCUCUAACAAAUAGACGACUUCGGAUGGGCAGGUCCAUCAGUCGUAAAGUAAGACAUACGAGCGAUUUUGGUUAACUGCUAACCAAGUAAAGUCUAAUGGUUGCCCAGCUGCCUGGAGGAACGAUUUUCUAAAAUGUGAGGCAAUCACACCAUUUUGUGACCUUAUUUGUGAGUGCAUAUUGUGCUUGUAGUAUGCGGUUGGCUGACUGAUAGUGAUAUACAACAUGAAGGUUCUUGAUACAGUAAGAUCAGAAUCAUAUCAAACCAUAUUCCAAUUUUCUUGUUACUAACUUCUCUUGUUUGAUCUUCCUGUUUCUGUUGCAUAUUAUGUAAUCGUAUGUUGGCUAGUAACCAUAAUGUGAGACUUCUACACCUUGUGUUCUCUUUGUUCAAGGUUUGCAUAUAUCACUUCAUAUGACUAUAUUCCAAUUUCGACUA